AUUCGAGCUUUACAAAUGAAAGCUGAAGACUAUGAUGUUGUUAAGGUGAUUGGAAGAGGUGCUUUUGGAGAAGUACAGUUGGUUCGCCAUAAAACGUCACAGAAGGUUUAUGCAAUGAAGCUUCUUAGUAAAUUUGAAAUGAUAAAAAGAUCGGAUUCAGCCUUUUUCUGGGAAGAAAGAGAUAUCAUGGCCUUUGCCAACAGUCCCUGGGUGGUUCAACUCUUUUGUGCCUUUCAAGAUGACCGAUACUUGUACAUGGUAAUGGAAUAUAUGCCAGGUGGAGAUCUUGUAAACCUUAUGAGCAAUUAUGAUGUGCCUGAAAAAUGGGCCAAAUUUUACACAGCUGAAGUUGUCCUUGCUUUGGAUGCAAUUCACUCCAUGGGCUUGAUACACAGAGAUGUGAAGCCUGACAAUAUGCUUUUGGAUAAACAUGGGCAUCUGAAGUUGGCAGAUUUUGGCACCUGUAUGAAAAUGGAUGAAACUGGUAUGGUGCGCUGUGAUACAGCUGUUGGAACACCUGACUACAUAUCGCCUGAAGUCUUGAAGUCACAAGGAGGUGAUGGCUGCUAUGGACGGGAGUGUGAUUGGUGGUCUGUAGGAGUUUUUCUCUUUGAGAUGCUUGUUGGAGACACUCCAUUUUAUGCAGACUCCUUGGUAGGAACGUAUAGUAAAAUCAUGGAUCACAAGAAUUCAUUAAGUUUCCCAGAUGAUGUGGAAAUCUCUAAGCAUGCAAAGAACCUCAUCUGUGACUUUUUAACUGACAGGGAGGUGCGACUUGGGAGAAAUGGGGUAGAAGAAAUUAAACAGCACCCUUUCUUUAAGAGCGAUCAAUGGAACUGGGAUAACAUUCGAGAGACUGCUGCUCCUGUUGUACCUGAGCUUAGCAGUGACAUAGACAGCAGUAAUUUUGAUGACGUUGAGGAUGACAAAGGAGAUGUGGAAACCUUUCCAAUCCCCAAAGCCUUUGUGGGAAACCAGCUGCCUUUUAUAGGAUUUACCUACUAUCGAGAGAAUCUGUUGCUAAGUGACUCUCCUCAGUCUUGUAGAGAAAAUGAAUCCAUGCAAUCCAGGAAAAAUGAGGACAGCAAAGAGUUUGCACAGUUUCAGAAAAAACUGAGCAAGUUAGAAGAACAACUCAGUAAUGAAAUACAAGCCAAAGAUGAACUAGAACAGAAGUGCAGGUCUGUUAAUGCUCGUUUAGAGAAGACCGUGAAAGAACUAGAUGAAGAGGUAACAUCAAGGAAGAAUGUAGAAUCUGCAUUAAGGCAAUUAGAAAGAGAGAAGGCUCUUCUUCAGCACAAGAAUGCAGAAUACCAGCGGAAAGCAGAACAUGAAGCAGAUAAAAAACGCAAUUUGGAAAAUGAUGUUAACAGUUUGAAAGACCAGCUUGAAGAUUUAAAAAGGAGAAAUCAGAACUCUCAGAUAUCAAAUGAGAAAAUCAAUCAGCUACAAAGACAGCUGGAUGAAGCCAAUGCUUUAUUACGCACAGAGUCUGAUACUGCAGCCAGGUUAAGGAAGAACCAGACCGAAAGUACAAAGCAAAUCCAGCAGUUGGAAGCUAAUAAUCGAGAAUUGCAAGAUAAAAACUGCAUGCUGGAAAAUGCUAAACUCAAACUUGAGAAGGACUUCAUCAAUCUUCAGUCAGCCCUAGAAUCUGAAAGAAGAGAUCGAAGUCAUGGGUCAGAGAUUAUCAGCGAUCUACAAGGUCGAAUAUCUAGCCUAGAAGAAGAAGUAAAAAGUGGAAAGAGUACAUUAGCCAAAGCAGAAGUGGAGAAGAGACAAUUACAAGAGAGGUUCACAGAUUUGGAAAAGGAGAAGAGCAACAUGGAAAUAGACAUGACAUACAAACUCAAGGUUAUGCAGCAGAACUUGGAACAAGAAGAAGCUGAACAUAAAGCCACAAAAGCACGAUUAGCAGACAAAAAUAAAAUCUAUGAAUCUAUUGAGGAAGCCAAGUCUGAAGCCAUGAAAGAAAUGGAAAAGAAGUUGUUGGAGGAGAGAGCUUCAAAGCAAAAAGUAGAAAAUGGCUUGUUAGAAAUUGAAAAGCGGUGUUCUAUGUUGGACUGUGAUCUCAAACAGUCGCAACAGAAAAUAAAUGAGCUGCUUAAACAAAAGGAUAAACUAAAUGAAGAUGUUAAAAACUUGACAUUAAAAAUAGAACAGGAAACACAAAAGCGCUGCCUCACGCAGAAUGACCUGAAGAUGCAAACACAACAAGUCAACACAUUGAAAAUGUCAGAGAAACAGCUAAAACAAGAGAAUAACCAUCUCCUGGAAAUCAAACUGAGCUUGGAAAAGCAAAAUAAUGAACUCCGCAAAGAACGUCAGGAUGCAGAUGGACAAAUGAAAGAGCUUCAAGACCAGCUUGAAGCUGAACAAUAUUUCUCAACUUUGUACAAGACCCAAGUUCGUGAGCUUAAAGAGGAAUGUGAAGAAAAGACCAAACUUUGUAAAGAAAUGCAGCAAAAGAUACAGGAGUUACAAGAUGAGAGAGACUCCUUGGCUGCACAACUUGAGAUAACUUUGACAAAAGCUGAUUCAGAGCAACUUGCUCGCUCCAUUGCUGAAGAACAGUACUCUGAUUUGGAAAAAGAGAAGAUAAUGAAAGAAUUGGAGAUUAAAGAGAUGAUGGCUAGGCAUAAGCAAGAACUUACUGAGAAAGAUGCUACCAUAGGAUCUCUGGAGGAAGCCAAUAGGACACUAACUAGUGAUGUGGCUAAUCUUGCUAAUGAGAAAGAAGAACUGAAUAAUAAACUGAAAGAAGUCCAAGAACAAAUUGCAAGGCUAAAAGAGGAAGAAACAAAUACAACAAUUAUUAAAACUCAGUUUGAGAAGCAGUUGUUGAAUGAGAGAACACUGAAAACUCAGGCAGUAAACAAGUUGGCUGAGAUCAUGAAUCGGAAGGAUCCAGUCAAACGUGGAGCUGACACUGAUGUGCGGAGGAAAGAAAAGGAGAAUAGGAAACUGCAUAUGGAACUGAAAUCUGAACGUGAAAAGUUAACCCAGAUGAUGAUUAAAUAUCAGAAGGAGAUCAAUGAAAUGCAGGCACAAAUAGCAGAGGAGAGCCAGAUACGAAUCGAACUGCAGAUGACACUUGACAGCAAGGAUAGCGACAUUGAACAACUUCGCUCACAGCUCCAGUCUAUACAUAUUGGCCUAGACUGCAGCAGCAUAGGCAGUGGACCUGGGGAUGCUGAGGCAGAUGAUGGAUUCCCUGUCCAUAUCACUCAAUCCCACACUAUGGAGUCCAUGUCUCUUACCUACCAGCAUUCUUCUACCUCUGUCAGUAUUGCCACUAAGCCUUCCAGUUCUCACGUGCUUCUCGACUCUGAUUCUGACUCAGAGGAAGAACCAUUGUCUUGUGUACACAUCCCUUCAGAACCUGAUAGCACAGAAUCGAGAUUAGAGGGUUGGUUAUCACUACCUGUCCGAAAUAACACUAAGAAAUUUGGGUGGGUGAAAAAGUAUGUAAUUGUAAGCAGUAAGAAGAUUCUGUUCUAUGAUAGCGAACAAGAUAAAGAACAUUCUAACCCCUACAUGGUGUUAGAUAUUGACAAAUUGUUCCAUGUCCGGCCAGUCACACAGACCGAUGUGUACAGAGCAGAUUCCAAAGAGAUUCCUAGGAUAUUCCAGAUUCUGUAUGCCAAUGAAGGAGAAAGCAAGAAGGAACCAGAAUUUCCUGUGGAGCCUAUGGGGGAGAAAUCAAAUUACAUUUGCCACAAGGGACAUGAAUUUAUACCAACUCUGUAUCAUUUUCCAACCAACUGUGAGGCUUGUAUGAAGCCACUGUGGCACAUGUUUAAACCCCCUCCUGCUCUGGAGUGCCGCCGCUGCCAUAUCAAAUGUCACAAAGAUCACAUGGAUAAAAAGGAAGAGAUUAUAGCACCUUGCAAAGUAUAUUAUGAUAUUUCAACUGCAAAGAAUCUACUACUGUUAGCUAAUUCUACAGAGGAUCAACAGAAAUGGGUGAGCCGAUUGGUGAAAAAAAUUCCAAAAAAGCCUCCAGUACCCGACCCCUUUGCUCGAUCUUCUCCUAGAACUUCCAUGAAGGUACAGCCAAAUCAGUCUAUGAGACGGCCAAGCCGACAGCUUCCUCCAAACAAACCAAGGUAA